CAGAUCUCCUCUUCCCCACAUAGCCCAGACACCACCACAUGGCGCACUGCCUCCGCCGCGGCAACGCCGCCGCCGCCGCCGCCGCCGUCGGGGCGGCGUCCCCGUGGAGGCGGGCGGCCUUGGCGUCGUACCACCACACGAUCCAGGUGGUGCCGCGGGAGACGGCCGGCCCGCGCGCGGCGGCGCGGGAGCGCCGCAACGGCCGUGUCCCGGCCGUGCUGCUCACCCUUGCCGGCGCCGGCCCCGGCGAGGGGGUGGCCCACCGGAAGCUCCUCACCGCGGACAGGAAGCAGCUCAGGGAGAUGCUGAAGCAGUCCCCCUACUUCCUCUCCACCCCCGUCCGCCUCCAGGUCCGCGCCGGCGAGCGGUCCACCGCCGUCGUGCACUCCGGCACUGUCCUCCCCAUCAAGGUGCAUAGAGACGAAACAUCAGGAAAUAUAUUGAACUUGGUGAUGGUGCAGGCGGAUGAAGGGACAAUGCUGAAGGUGAACUUGCCUGUAGAGUUCAAAGGGGAGGAUGUCUGCCCUGGGUUGAAGAAAGGCGGCUUUUUGCAGAAAAUAAGGACCAGCUUGGUGUAUCUCUGCCCUGCUGAGCACAUCCCUCCAAAAAUUGAGGUGGAUCUGGCAAAUCUUGACAUUGGAGAUAGGGUAUCAAUGAAUGACAUCCCCGUCCAUCCAACUUUGAAGUUACUGAGUAAAAACGAGACCAUGCCUGUCUGCAAGAUCUUGGCCUCGAAACCAGUUGAGUAGGAAUCCAUGCAGAUUUUUGGAGCUGGUGACAAACGUACCCGUUGGUACAACAGCCCAGUAACUUCAUCUUGCUCUGUGCUUGCAUUUGGUAGCUGUUUGCCAGGUUGCAAUGCCGCAGUAGAUUCAAACAAGUUAUCAUGUUCAAGAACAAUAUUCUUGGCUGUAAUGUCAUAAAAUAACACUAGUUAUCUCAGUUUUGGAGCUUGCAAGACAUUGAUUUGUUGAAUCUUGGUUGUGACAUGGAUGUAUUGAGUAUUCACAUGCCAGGUUGAUGGUUUUAAACUCUAUAAUACAUUGCAUACGAUGCCUCAUUCUUAUCCUUAA